CAUAUUUAUUAUUUUAAAAAAGGUCAUAAAUGCAAAUCCAAUAAGACUUUUCAGCUCCUUCUAGGUUUUGAUCAGUCAAUAGAAACGCUGAUACUGAGGAUUUCUAUCACAUUUAAUAAAAGACUGAGACAAUGGGACAACUCUGUGGUGUCCUCAGUAAAGUGUCCCAGACUCCUCUUUGAAAUAAUAUAUCAAAGAAAAAAAAGUAAAAAAGAAAACAGAAAACUGAAUGAAUUGGCUUAAAAAAAAUCCUUUUUUAAACCACCGCAGUGGUGUGUGGUGCCCCUGAUCCGCCGCUUAGGAGGCCGUGUCCCGGGUGAGCCGACCUCCACUCUCCGGCUCUGCCUGCGGCUCCGCCUCCCUCCCAGCACCACCAGCACUCCCGAGCCUGCGUGUCCGCCACCCCCGAAUCCCCUUCAGCCUCGGCGUGUGUGCCAUCCCCCGCUCCCAAAGUGGACUUGGGACUGCUGUCCCGACCCGAGGCCACUUGUCUCGGCCAAAAACCGCGAACCCGCUUCAACCAAACGAAUCUUAUCGGUCAGACGUGAAAGGUGCGGGAGAAGUUUGUUUUUUUCUUCUUUUUUUUGUCCCUAGUUUUUGGCCCCGCGGUGGGGCAGGAACACUGAGGUAGGCCGUGCGGGAGGAAACGAGACCGUAUGAUGUGGAUCUGGUACCUUCUGCUUGGUUCGGGGUCAGGCUCGAGAACUGUUGGUAAGUUUUCCGACGCGCGCGCGAACUAACGUUAUCAUGUAGCGGAUACGUUCAGCUGGAGGAGAAAAGGGGCUGAGUUCCUCCUCCUGUUCCCUCUCUUUUUUUUCAACACUUUGGCUAACACUUACCAGGGAAGGAGUUCCGGGAAAAAAGUGAUAAACUUGGCACGCUUGAGGCUUGAACCAGAGCCAGCUGCUUCCCGGGAAUAAUUUCACCACCGAGUGCAACACUCCUGGAAUCUUCAUGUGUGGGAAUGGGCGGUGUGUUCCGAGCAACUGGCACUGUGACGGAGUACCCGACUGCUCUGACAAGAGCGACGAAAAAGGCUGUCCUAAGGUGAAGUCAAAGUGUGGUCCAACGUUCUUCGCCUGUGCAAGUGGCGUUCACUGCAUCAUCGGAAGGUUCCGCUGCAACGGCUUCAGCGACUGUCCUGACGGCAGCGACGAGGACAACUGCACAGGUAACCCCCUGGUGUGCUCGGAGACUCGCUUCAAGUGUCGGAACGGGCGCUGUGUGGACCGCAGCUUCCUGUGCAACGGACAGGACAACUGUCAGGACAACAGCGAUGAAGAGCUCUGCCUGACAACAGCAGAAGCUCCUGGUCAGGACUUUGUGACGCUGGACUAUCGUCUGCGCUACUACCCCAACAUCACCUACGCCGUCAUCGGCAGCGCGGUCAUCUUCGUGCUGGUGGUGGCCUUGCUGGCUCUGGUGCUUCAUCACCAGAGAAAGCGGAGCGUCCUGCUGCCCAGAGGCGUGAGGGGGAGCUCGCACCAUCACCAUCAGCCACUCCUUCUGUCCCGUCUGGUCAUCCUGGACCGAGGCCACAUGCAGUCCAGAGGUUCGGAUCCGCCUCCCGUCUCCCCCACCGCAGCGGGGCAGUUCGGCUCAUCUGCUCAAGCGAUGCAGCUGCUUUCCGGAGCCCGGUACUCCUCCACACCCUCCAUAGACUCGCCUCCGUCUUACUCUGAGGCUGUCAUGGAUGUCAGUCGACCUCCGUGGUUUGAUCUCCCUCCCCCCCCUUACCUAGCAGACGGGGAUCCUCCCCCCGAGGGCGAGCUUCCUCAGUACGACGCUCUGCAGGACUGUCCAAGCCCCCCGGCUGCUCAUCCGUCUGCACCCUCCACACCCAGAACUGUGGCUUCAGGGACACGGCCCGAUCUGAGCCCCAAAGACGAGUCGGAGCAGCUGUAGACCUUAAGACUAAAACACAGACAACGCAGGACCCGCCUGACGGGCCGAAGGUCGGUCCAAAGACCCGGUGGAGAAAAAACGGGGCGAAAGACUCACACUCUCCUUGAAGAGCUGCUGCCUCUUUGUGUUCUCCUCUCUUGUGUGUUGGCACCCCCUGCUGGUGUGAUGGAUGCACUACCUUUACGUCAAUAUUGCACCUUUCUUUGAGUUGAAAAAGAAUAAUUUAGUUUAAAUGCACUCCCCCUCUGUCAGUGACCACGACUCCACAGGAAGACCGUCUGUAAGUGUUUAUAUUGUUUUGUUGCCUGAAAACAUUCCCCUCUGUUCGCUUUUUUUGUUGUAUCAGCAUAAUUUUACGUAUUAUGAUUUUUUUUAAAGUUAAAUCGUAAAACAGAAUCUGAAAAAAAAUCUAAGAUUUUAGAAUAAAAUAAAACACAAUACUGAAAGUUGAUCCAAAUAGUCAAAAUGUCUCAAAGAUUGAGAGAAAUGUGUAUUCUACGGUGCAGUAUUUCUGUUUUUAAUUUAGAAUACAACAGUUUUAAUCAUUCCUUAAAGUAGCUGGUAAAGAUCCAUUUAAAUUCAGAUCUGACUGAAGACCAAUCCUUCAUACAUGACAAACCCUUUUUUAAGUGCCUUUGAAGGUUUUCAACUAAAACAGCUGCAGUCCGACGUGAGAUUAGCCACAAUAUUCUUAUUUUACACUUUAUGCUAAUGUGUGAAGCUGCAGCUGUUCAGCAUUCAGAAAACGAACCUUCAUAGUGUUAGACUGAAGAAACCCAUUUCUGAAGGAUUCUCUAUUUGUUUUCCUCACUUUGUUUUGUUUGACAUUUGUAUGUAGAGGAUAGAAAACCAAAAGUAUGUAUUUAAAGUAGGAAGUUUUGCUGUAAGAACAAACUUUGGGUAUUAUUUCCAGCUUUUCUGUAAAAAUUCAGGUAUGUUAAAACAAUCAAAACAGAUAAAAAUCCUCCAAAGGAUCAGAUGUGCCUUUAUUCAAAUGACCGUGAGCACAUAUUUGUGAGCGGAAACUGGAAAACCUCUCAGGACGAAACGUUAACCUUCACUCUGGUUUGGAUUUCAGGAGCAUUUUGUCAAAAACUUUGUGUUUGUGAAGAAGAUCUUUGUAGUCUGUACAUUUGAAGUAAUAUAAAGUUUUACUCAGACCUCA